CUUAUUUUGAUCGAUAUCGUCAAAAUUCACAUUAUAUUUGUUGUGCAUGUGAGCUGAAGGAAGUGAUUUUGUCCAUUUGAAGAUAGCGUUGUGGCAUGCAAAUGUAGUAAUGUAAAAGGCGCACCCAAUAAGCCAUUAUUGAAAGGUAAAUAAGUUGGUAUCCUCCCUUGUUUGACGUCACGUUUGAUCAGGCUCCUCGCAUUGAAGAAGAGAAGCUUUUAGUUUAUAAAGCUCAUGUGUGGACGACCAAAGGUGUUCUUUUUGUCCGUCGCCAACUUCAGAAAGGACGAAGAAGAACAUUUCCAAGCAAGGAAGGACAAAGAGGAUUUCUGGUUGUCAGACCGGCGAGAACGGCUACCAUCAUUUGACAGUUUUCACUGUAAACGCCGUCUGUGAUGGUCGCAGACUCGUCCUUGAAUAAUCUUCGCUAGUGAACUUGCGGCAUCUCGAAUUCUGUUGAUAAUUUUAUCGUCAACUUUGGAGGCAUUUGACGAGUUCGACUUCGAAGGUGACCUUCUUUUGAAAGCGGUUUCGUUUGAGGUGUAUAAAAUAUUAACUACUAUUGGUGCCAGAGUGCAGAUCAACCUAACCUUGUAGCGAGAGAAGAUCAUUAUUUUGCUCAGAGAAAUAAGCACUUUUUCCGAGACAUUGCUUUAUCUGAAAAAUACUAACCCAGCUGAAGUCAAACAUCUUUGCCCAAACAGUCAGAGUCAUUUAUGGCAGAUCAGAAAGCAGGGACAAGUGGACAAGAUGUAAAAGAAGAAAGCAAUUCCAGCAGCCCUGAACAACCUCGGAGUCCAGGCGCAAAGUCAACAAACAGUGAUCAUGAGUACAUCAUGCUGGCUGUGCCUGAUAUCGAAUCUGAUUCUGGGUCAGCUCUGUCAGGCUCUUCUGUGGAUAAGAGCAAAUCUCAGGGGAGUAGUGUGAGUAGUUUUGCUGAUGUCAUAACUCCUGACAUGGAGGCUACCUUGGAGAAGGGUCCAACAGAGGAAGAGGUACAACACUUGGUGGAAGAUGCAAAAAGAGAUAUUUCACACUUCUCUGCUUCACAAGAAGAGGUGUUUCCCAGUCAGGAUAAAGGAAAGGAUCUUCAGGAAGGUAGUCAAAUACCAAGUGAAAACCAUGAUCAUGUUGUAAAUGCACUUGCUGUGGAUGGUGAUUCACAAACAGAAGAUGACAAUUCCAGGGGGGAACUGGUAAGACAGCGAUCUGCAUCAGAUGGUGAGGCCAACACAGGUCAGACUGAAAAUGUUGCUGAUUUCACUAGUGAAGAAGCAGUGCAAGCUAGAUCAAGCACUCAUCCAGGACACUCCGAUGAUGAAAGUGAUGAUAAUGCCAUUUUAUUUGAUGGGAUCACUUAUUUAGGAUCCUCGACUGUGAAUGCACCUGUCAGUGAAAUUGAAUUGAAAAGAACAAUGUCUAUCCUGCGAGAACAGACGGAGGUCACUAUUGAUGUUUUGCUAUAUGUUGGUUCAACGUCAGAGAGCAUGAUCAGACUUAAGGAACCUGGAACGCAGGCUGACAUUGCAACUUAUCGCAUACAGAGGAUUUUGUUUUGUGGUCGUGGUGAUGCUGAAGGGAAAGAAAGGGACUGUUUUGCCUUCAAUACUGUCCAUGGAGACUCAGAUAUCUUCCACUGCCAUGUAUUCAAGUGUGAAGAUCCUGAAAAGGCUGGAAAGAUCUUGAAGACAUUUGCUUUAUCCUUUAGAAGACACAGGAAGGACAAAUAUUCCCUAAGGAAACAGCAGUUACAGCAGGUGUCUGUUGACAAUCCUACAAUGGUCACUGGUAUCAGCAACCUUGUCUUCAAAUUUGAUGUGACUCUGGACAUUCUUGAGGAAGACCACAAAGGAUUUUCCUCUGCUGCUAGGGACAAAAACUGUUUUAAACUUCGCCAAGACUUGAGAAAGAAAGUUUUAAUAACGGUGCAACAGUUGACAAACAAGCAUCUUAUUGUGGAAAGGUGUUUUGGACUCUUGAUCUGUCCUGGCAAGAAUGUUCGGUAUUCUGACAUGCAUCUAUUGAGUGAGGUGUCGAUGGAAGUUGCAGAUGGUGGCAAAACUUAUUACAUAAGUGGGUUAUGGGAUCCAGCUGUACGUGACUUGUUAGUUUUAAACACAGAAACUCCAAAAGGUAGAUGUCAGUCAAACGUCUAUUAAUAUAUAAAAAAACCCUUUGACUCUCAGAUGUGAUCAACAUCCCAGUUCCUGUAACAUUAAUGGUCAUUAAUACCAUGAUAUUGUACAUCAACAACAAGGCAGGUGAGGAAAAUUAAGAAAAUUUUCAAUUUCACAGGAAACUCGUCUUCAGGCUGAAAACUUGUUUGAUAUGAAUCCGGUGAAGGACAGGUUUCCCAUUGCAAAUUUAUCUUUCUAAUUUCCGUCCAAAUGGAUGGGAAAAUAGUACAGAAUGAAAACUCAUCUUAGAGGGAAAACCAUCUUAAUUUCAUAUUGGAUGUGAAAAUGGCAACAAGCAUUUUUUUGCUUGCCCUCAAGGAGAAGACUGAAACUAGAACGACU